AUGAACUUCGACGGCGCGAGCUGGAACGCGAGGAACGGAGGAAAAAACGCCUCGCCGGCCACCUCGUCGCCGCCGGUCUCGGGCAGCUCGUCGCCGUCGACCUCCCCGCCGUCGUCGUUCACCUUCGGCGAUCAGCGCCGCGCCGCCGCCGCCGGCACCUCGUCGUUCUCCUCCUCGCCCACCGGCUCCAAGCUCGGCCAGUCUGCUCGAGGAGGAUCGGGGGUCAAGCGUUCGAUGAUCAUCGGCAAUCGGGACGUGAAGAGCACUGCGAAGAGCCUCGAUCCAGCUUCGCUCGAGGAGAGCUUCAAGGAGAUGCAGCAGAAGGAAGACGAGAAGGCCGAAACCGCCGAGCUGGGCUCAAGCCCUCCCGCCAAACUCUCCCUCGGGAUGAGGGAAAGGAAGGACACAUGGAUCAAGCCCAAGACCACGUACUGCAAGGACGUCGACGUUUUUCGUUCGGCGGUGGACGAUCGGAAUCAAUUCAACGGCGAGUGGUUCACCCAGAUCCAGCUGACCGUCAAGAAGGAGAUGGCCUGGAUCAAUGACGAGCGGGAAGGAAUUAUCGGAAUGCAACACAAGCUGGUGGCGCUCACCGAGGAGUGGGCGCGUGCGCUCCUCCGUACUCGUCAGGCCGCCACCUCUGCGUCCUCUCUCCAGCGAUCCGAAAUCUCUGUAAAGGACAUCAGCGCGGGCAUGGAGGAGAGCUGCUACAGGCUCGCGCCGUGCCAUUGGGCGCGGCAAGAACGGAAGAUGGAGGCCUACGCCGAGCUGGUGCGUACGCUCAAGGAGAACCCCGAGUACCUGGCGCACGCCGUCACCUGCAAGGACUUCAACCCGCCGCAGGUGGACUCCAUGAUGCAAAUGGUGACAUGGUCGCUGCACAGUGACUUCUACCGGCCGCACGCCAACAAAGAAUUGAUGUACUUCACAAGACGCGUGGCAGAGCUCCAGUUCGCCGAAUACGCGCAGAAGCCCGGCAACUUCCUCCGCCUGAACUCGCAGACCACCAAGCUCUUCACCUUCAUCGCCAAACACGUGGAGAUGAGCGGGGUGGAGUACCUCAAGUGCGUGCUCGGCCCGCCGAUCAAGUACCUCCUCAACCUGUCGUCCACCUUCCCGUACACCCUCGACACCGAGCCACAAAACAUCUUCUAUCACAUGAGCGAUGCCGAGAAGAAGGAGUUCGGAGAGAAUGUCGACAUCAACACGAUCGGCUCCCACGAGAAGAUGAAGGCCAUUAUCGCCGAAGUGUGUCGCGUGUUCAUCGAAGCGAUCUUCCACAAGCUCCCCGCCAUGCCCUACGAGAUCCGUUGGAUGGCCAAGAUCCUCCUCAGAAUGGCGCACCAGCGGAAACCAGCGGUGCCGCCCGAGCAAGUGCAGAUGCUGCUGGUGGCCAAGGCGGUGUUGAGUCUGGCCCGGGGCACGUCGUUCGGUAGCGCCAUCACCGACGGCGAGUCGCCCAUUCAGAGGCUCUUCCAGGCCGUCGAUAUGGGCGCUUACUUCGAGGCCGUGGUGGCGGUCGCCGAGCCUGAACACUCGCUCAUGUGGGCGGAGGGCCUGUACUACGGCUGCCAGCGUGUGGUGGUCAUUUCGCACAACGAACUGAUCGACCUUCACACGCUCAUCAAAGAGCUCCCCGGCGAUAAACUGGAGGCGUUGGACUCGGAGGGCAAGAUGAAGGCGCUGCUCAACGAGCUCGGACCCGUGCCCGAGAAGCUCACCAAGAAGGACGACAACUACUUCAUCCUCACCAUCAACAACGCCGCCGCGCGCGAUUUCGCCCGCACGAUGCGCCUGCUCCAGGACCCCAAGCAGUUCGGCUUCUUCGAAGACGAGGGCGAGGACUCGUCCGACGACGAAGACGGAGGCCUCGGCAGCGGCUCCAGCCCCCGGACCAAGCGGAAGGGAGGAAGCAAGCGACGGAGCGAGCGGAAGGCGAAGGCCAAGGAGAAGCCGCUCACCGAAGACGAGAAGCGGGCCAAGGAGGAGAGGCGACAGCUACGCCAGGCCAGCCGCAAGCUGCUUCGGGCCAUGUGCCACAUGCGCGGCAUGAGCGGCUAUCGCGACCGCCCCAUCAUCGACAUUCUCUCGGCCGAGUAUGAGAUGAUCGAGCAGAUGGACUACCCGGUGGUGGAGAUGCUGUUGGAGGAGACCAUCCGCUGCCUCACCUCCCUCCCGGCGGCCCUCAAGCAAAGCGACUUCACGCCAGUCUUGCAGGCCAUCGAAGCUGACCACCGAGUGCGGGAGGGCUAUCGCACGGAGCUGCCCAAGGAGAAGCGACGGCUUCUCAUCAGCGCCACCAACCUCAAGCACAUCAUCGGCCAGCUCGAGAGGGAGGAGGAUUUGUACAUUGAAUACCUGAACUCGGCCCGAUUGCGCAAGUUCCGCGACACGUACACGCGGCAGGUGGAGCGGUUCGUGGACCAGUUCAAGUCCUUCGAGAGCGUCAACCAGAAGCGCGAGCUCAUCGCCAGUUUCCUCGGCCGGUUGCGAGAGGUCAUCCACAACCACUCGCUCUGGCACAACGCGUCGGUGCAGGAGGUGGACUUUGCCUGCAUCGACUCCGAGCGCUACCUCAUGCGCCUCGCCUUCUCCAGUGCGUUCUCGCCCAAUGCGCCGUUCGACGAGGAGCGGGACCUGGUGUUUGAGAAGCACAUCGGGUCGCUCCAGGACCUCAGUCUCGACCACCCCGUCUUCGGCCUCUCACCCACCUUCCACCAACUGCCCUUUCACCUCGCACGCAAAGAGCUGAAGAAGAUAAACAACUACUUCUCGCCUCACGAUAAGCUCGAAUGCAUUUGGCGGUGCUGCCAGAUCCGGAGCAUUCGUGCAUCGCGCUUCGUGGACCUGGAAAGCUCGGAGAUCAGCGACGCGGAUGUGUCGCAGCUCUUGAGUGAGUACAAGGAGCUGGUGGGGAUCGUCAAGACUGUCUCCUCCCUCCAAGAACAGUAA